UCGGUCCUUGUCACCUCCUGCCAGCAGGUCGAGGCCAACGUCGUCCUCCUGCGGUACAACAUGAGCUGGACCCCAGCAAGAGCGGCAUGGCUGGAGGAGGUUGGAAAGCUUCCCUGGAUCAAGGUGCAGAGGAGAGACCUGCUGCACAAGCUGAGAGAGAAGAGUCGCUUCUCUUGGACGUCAGUUGGGCUCUUCUUCCGCAAGCUGGUGCUCGAGAGGGAGCUCAUCAUCCCUCAAGCUGUCAUCCGAGCCAACGCCCAGCUGACGUUCCAGCUGGAGGGAGCAGAGCUGACGUCACAGGCGGAGGGAGCAGAGGCACAAGCUCGUCGGAUGAAACUCGUGCGGCACAGCGAGGACUUUGAGCUCCUCGACAGCCUCGUGCGCGGCGAGCUGCAGAACCGCGUCCUCUGCUACGACCUCCUGCAGUUUCUUGAUGCGAGGAGGCCCAAGAACGUGAGCCUGGAUGACUGGAACGAUCUUCUCCUCUCCAAGUUCGACUUCCAGAGCGUGCCAGGCAUGGGAGUCCUUGACAUACCUGACUUGGAGGAGCAGGAAGGUUUACUAGCUGGAGGAGCUGUAGUCCUUGGAUACCUCACCCUCUGCGCUAUCGCCGUGGGAGCAUUCAUCGCAACCGUCUACCUUCAGCAGGUGCAGGAGAUGGGCUACAUGGAGGAAGCGAUAUCGCUACUAAUCUCUUGAUUCAUCAAAUCUUCUCGAAUCCCC